CAAGUGUAUAUGCGGUACAAAUUUAAACUCUUUUGAAAUAAGGCCUGCUUGAGUAAGAACUUUUCUGAUUCUCGUACGCUUUUUGCUCAGAUCGUUUCAGAUGCUGGACGCCGGUUUACCUAUCACUGCUCUACACAUGGUUAUUCCUCAUAUUGGAGGAAUAGCCGCAGCCAUCAUAACAAGACCGGAAAUAUAUCGCUGGUAUAAGUCCCUUAAGAAACCAAAAUGGCACCCACCAAAGUGGGUGUUCCGGACAGCUUGGGGACUCCUCUACACAGAAAUGGGUUAUGCUUCCUAUUUGAUCUGGCGUGAUGGAGGUGGCUUCGGUGGCCAUGCACGACUACCUCUAAUGCUAUACGGCACACAGCUAGCUCUUAACUGGGCAUGGACACCACUGUUCUUUGGGGCACAUUGUCCAGGAAUGGCAUUUGUUGAUAUCACCAUCCUGAUGGGAUUUAUUUCUGGUUGUAUCUAUACCUUUUGGUCUAUCAAUCGUUAUGCAUCUUACUUUAUGAUACCAUACCUAGCAUGGGUGACGUUUGGAUCGGCCUUAAAUUUCCGAGUGUGGAGAGAUAACAGAAUGAAAUGAGUUCCAUGCAAACGUAAAAUGCUUCUGGAUUCAUGAAAUUGAAAACUCUAAUGGCACAUUUCUUACUGAAGUAGUUUGAAAUAUUGUAUGAUUAUAUUAAGACAUAUAUAAAACUUGGAAAGUAUUAAUACUUUCAAA